CGUGUUUUCUUCAUCAGCAACGAUAACAUAACCUCAAAAAACAUUGUCAUUUUUGUCGUUUUGUCAUAUUCAAUAUCAUGAAACUUCAAAAUGUUUGCUCCUUUUCAUUCACGAAUUCACAUUAACAGUUGUUAAUUUUGAAUCCAAGUUUUCAAUAUACAUCGUAACGCCUAACAGUGCAUUUAAAGGAGUUGAGAAAACUUUGUUAUUUACAAGAACUGAAAGGUGUUUGAUCAGUAAUCUCUACACUUUUUAUUGGAAUUUUACUAUUAUAAACUCUAUAUUUGUUCAGUAAUAUUGAAUGUUUAGUAUAUAAAUGAAGAAUUAUGUCGCUGGCAUCCAAAUUGACUUUUGGCUUGAGUUGUCUGGCUUCAGCUGGAAUAGUUGGCUAUGUACAUUUCAAACAAACUAUGGACAAAGAGAGACUUCAUCGAGGUGUUAUUCGUGAUAUAGAAACGCAGAGAAAAAGGAAAAUAGAAAAUGUUUAUGCACUUCAAAAGCAAAGUGACCUGGAAAAAAUGAUGAGGGAUCGGGAGGACGAUAAUUUGGACCACGAAGAAUCCAUUGAAACGUUGGCUGAAAUCAUUGAUACCUAAUUGUCCGUUUGUAUUAUAUUUUCCAUGUUCCUUUCAUAGAUAGUAGAAGUUUGUUUAUCAAUAUAAUAUCAUGUUCAAUCAUAAUUCUAGUAAUUAGCAAUAGUAUCUAUAUUUAUUCUUAUUGCGGUACAAUUUCCUGUCUAUGUUUGUGUGGAUUAAAAGUGAUGUGUUUACAACAUG